AUGGCAAGAAGAGCCACGAGGAAGCAUAAUUUCUUACAAGAACUAUCUUUCCGUAACUCUUUUCAUUUGUCAUUACUUGCGUAACAGUUUACAAUCUUACCAUCACAUUGUCCACUUCCUUGAAUUGAAGAAACAACAACGACUGCUCGGAGAUAUAACCGAGCGGUGAAAAAUCUUCGACGAUUCUUAAAUGGAAAUGCGCACCGAAGAUCGAUCAGAAUUUAUUCACCAAUGACACAUUUGCCGGUGACGAGGUGACGAUCGAUUCGGUGACACGUUUCGACCCAAAUCGAUCGAAGAUGGCUAAAAGUUCUGAAAGAUUACCUGGUACUUCUUCCAGAUUAAGAACUAGAGACGACGGUUGCUGUUCGGUCAAUUUUCUUAAAUAUGUUUUACAUAUUUACAAUGUCGUCUUAUUUUUAUCCGGAUUUGUGGUGGGCGGUAUUGGCAUUUGGACGGUCGUCUCGAAACACAGUUACAUAUCUCUCAUGACAACGUCGACGUAUCCAAGUCUCGCUUAUGCCCUCAUUGUCGCAGGUAUUUUGGCUGUUAUUGGAAGCUGGUUAGGAUGUGGUGGAGUUACUACAGAAAACAGAUGCGUUCUUCUAAUUUACGUUUUCGUCGUAAUGGCAGUCCUCGUAUUAGAGGCAGGCGUAGGCGCAUUGGCACGUCUCUAUGAGGAACAAGUAGGUCCAGAAUUAAAGAUGAACCUCAAUCGAACCUUCCUUGAGAAUUAUUCUAUAAGAUCGAGAGAAACUACUGCAAUCGAUCAAAUGCAAAAGGAAUUUAAAUGUUGCGGUGCUCUUCGAUUUGAGGAUUGGUUAGCCAGUGAAUGGCACAAGGACGAGGAAGUCCUUAAAAAUGGAAGCCUCGUGCCCGAUAGUUGUUGCAAAACACCGACAGUACUUUGCGGGAGGAGGGAUCAUCCGUCUAACAUUCAAUAUACGGGCUGCAUUUACAAGUUUCUUGAGACGACCAAGGAUCAUCUGAUUAUUCUUGGUGCCGUCGGUCUUGGUCUGUCCGUCCUCGAACUUUUUGGUAUAGUUCUUGGUUCGUGCCUCUAUAUCAAACUCAGACACGAUUUCGAUGAUUGACAAUGACAUUUUUCACAAAGACAACUCUGACGACUAAGAGAAAUUAAUAAAAAAAAAAAAAAUUAAAAAAGAAGAAAAUAAAAAACACACACAUGUAAAGCGAAAAUAAUCGACAUUUCGCUUUUAAUUUCGAUUUUUCGAAAUUAUCAAUUUGGACUUAUCGGUCUUCGAUUAUCGAUCCUUUCUGCUCAAAUUUGUUAGCAAUUUUACUUGGAAUCUAAAAAGAGAUUCCGCAUGACCAAUAUGAUAGCUGAAUAGAAAGAGAGAUAGAAAAAAAGAGAGAGAAAAGUUUGUUUAUUUUUGUUUAUUUAAUUUUAUUAUUAUUAUUAUUAUUAUUAUUAUUAUUAUUAUUAUUAUUAUUAUUAUUAUUAUUAUUAUUAUUAUUAUUAUUAUAGUACUUUGAGCAGAAGGAAUGAAUAAACUCGCUGUAACCAUAACUGCCUGUCAGAUCGUCCAAUCUACGAAAUUCUUAGUUAAUCCUAUAAAACUCUUUUCUACUUUACAUGUUUUUAAAUGUCUGCUAUUUAAGGUCGUUCAUUUUUCUAUAUUGUCAAAGGAAAAAAUAAGAAAAUAAAAAAUCAUUAAAUAUCUUUCGAUAUCUGUUAGUUUCCAAAGAAACGAAGUAGGACAUUUUUUUACGAAAGAAACGUUUUCUUUGGAGGAAAAAGAAAAAACAAAUUUUCGAUUAUUUAUGAACGACAGAAAGAAACGUUUUCUUUGGAGGAAAAAGAAAAAAAGAAUUUUCGAUUAUUUAUGAACGACAAACGUUUUUUUUUUAUUUUGUUUAGUUUUUAGGAUAAACAAGAUCUGAUCGUUGACUCAAUAUAGGCUUAAAUGUUGGCCUAAAUUAUUAUUAAGUAUUUGCGAAACAGUUGAAACAGUGCCUUUGUCUAAUAAAAAGAUUUUAUUUAUUUUCUUUGAAAAAAGAGAGCGAGAACGACAGAAAGAGAAAGAG